UUCCCGGAAAUAAAUUUAAAAUACGGCACUUUAAGCGUUUAAAAGUGAGAAAUUAUUUAAGAAAUUGAAUUAUAAAAAUGGUUAAAACAAAAUUCCUUUAUACAAUAAAUAAGACUGAAUUGGAAGAGGCAACCGAAAUCAUCUCGUUAGAACGCAUAAAUAUAAUAAAGUUCUGGCAAAUAAUUGAUGAUCAAUUAAAACCACCACAAUCGCUAUUGUAUUUCAAGCAGCCGAAACUCGAGGCAUAUCCUUUGGUAUUGAAUGUCAAGGUAUAUAUUAACACACAAGGAAUAGCGCAAACUGACUGCAUGGCGAUGUUAGAGAAGUUCAUCAUAGAAGAGAACCUCUACAAUGCGUAUAAAUCUCAUGGCAAUGGAAGGCGUAUAAAAAUAUUCACGCGUCGUCAUGUCCUAACACGCAUACUAACAGCGCCGUUUUUUAUAACUGAUUUGCCAAUAAUUGUAACCAAACAUAAAAAUUUCAUAUUUAUGGCAACAUUUCAAGACUCGGGCGAAACUACCACAAAUGGCAGACAUCAUUAUAAAUUCGCACAAUAUUGUGAAACGAUUUCUCCUGCAGCCGAACCAAACAUUAACGAAGCUGUGCAUGAUAAUAAAAGAGGUUUCUGUGUUUACAGUGCAACAUAUGGACAUCUAGAUAUGUUUUAUACCGGUCAAGCAUACCCUGUUGCCAGUGAAGAAAAUAUUGAAAACUUCGCCGAUCUGGAGUCAUUGAAUAAAUGCACCUUUGUGUCAACAAAUAUUAUGCAUGAGAGUAAGUUUGAUUUUUGGCAAAACACAGUCACAGCGUUUCAAUGGUGGGUCAAGGCAUACGUUUGCAAUGCAAAGCAAAUAUUUGUUGGCUUUAAAAACACUGAAGGUGUAGUGUGUAAACCUGGUUUAUUAAAGGACAUAGAUUAUUUGGAAACGCAACAAUCUAGUCGCAUACACGUUGGCAAGACUUUUAUGUUUAAGUUUCUAAAUUUAAUCAUGGAGACUACGAAAAAUUACGACUGCCCUGAUACCAUUAUAAAAUAUCAUUUCGAUAGGGCUGGUAACAUAACAUAUAGUGUACAUAAUAGCGAAGAAUUUAGCAUGUUUAGCGCUGACUUUCUUGAUUAUAUGCGAAGUCAUAAUUAAUGUUUAAUUGCUGUCGAAAUUUAAUGCUUGCUUUAAUCACUAAUUUUUUUUUUAAUUCGUUUUAAUUAUUUAAUUUUUUUUGUCAUUAUAUGAAUUUUGUUACGUUUUUAUGUAUGUUUUUGAAGAAGUUUAAUUUA